AUGGGUUUCACCAUGGGCUUGAACUUGGUGCUUCUCCUAGCCAUGGUGGCCACCAACAUCCUUUCCCUUUACCAUCUUUCCUCCACUCUUCAAUCUCCCAAACCCCCAACUCAGCAACCAGUUCCUAACCACCUUCUCCACCAACUCAACACCAUACGCGCUACCAUCAGCCACCUCACGCGCCACCAGCCACCUUCCACUACCCCUUCUCCCACCACUACCAAACCUUCCAUACCUCAAGAUCUCCUACUUUACUCGCACCUCUCACCUAUAGCUUCUUCUUGCCAUAACCACCCUGAUCUUCUACACAAGUACAUGACCUACACUCCUUAUUCACUUUGCCCUCUUGACUCUGACCUUCUUGCGGAGUCUUUAAUCCUCCGUGGCUGCCACCCUCUCCCUCGCCGUCGAUGCUUCUCCAAAACCCCACCAAAACCUCCCUCCUCUCUUCCUCACAACCCUUUCCCUUCUUCGUUUCUUGACUCAAAUGUAAUGUGGAACAAGUAUCCUCCUUGCAAGUCAUUUUCUUGCCUAGCUAAGCAAAGCCCAGGCCUUGGUUAUGAUCUAAACGCCGAGAUCUCCAAGUUUAUGACUUAUAAGACUGAGUUGGAUCUCCCAAUCCCGCAGUUGCUACAAGUAGCAAAAUCAGCCAAUUCUGUUAUCAGACUUGGUAUUGAUAUUGGUGGUGCUACUGGUACUUUCGCAGCUAGAAUGAAGCAGUACAAUGUGACUGUUGUCACUACAACAAUGAAUUUCAAUGUGCCUAAUAAUGAAGUGGUGGCAAUGAGGGGUUUAGUGCCACUUCAUGUGCCGUUGCAGCAGAGGUUGCCAGUUUUUGAUGGAGUGCUGGAUCUGGUCAGAUGUGGGCAUGCAGUGAAUAGGUGGAUACCUUUGCCAACGAUGGAGUUUUUGUUUUAUGAUGUUGACAGAGUGUUGAGGGGUGGUGGAUACUUGUGGUUUGAUCACUUCUUUAGUAAACGAGUGGAUCUUGAUAAGGUUUUUGGACCUUUGAUUGGGAAAUUGGGUUACAAGAAGGUGAAGUGGGCAGUUGGGAAUAAAACUGAUUCUAGCGGCUCGAAGAAUGAGGAGGUUUACUUGACUGCACUUUUGCAAAAGCCUGUGUCAAAAUGA